CUUUCUCCACCGACCGUUACGUUCCACCGACUGUUAUGAUCCGUUGGGAAAAUCCGUUAUGUAAACAAUGUAAAGACAAAAACACCCUUCUCUAUUCUUCUUCUUCUUCUCUUUUCUUGUUUCUCCUUUGUCGGAAUCUCUUCUUCGCCGGAAUCGCACCUGCCUUCCUUCUCACACAAAAUCUCCAUCCUUAUCCAAAUCAACACACACCAUCAUCACCCUUAUCCAAAUCAAAAAAAUUAAAAAUCUGGGAAAAAAAAAAGUUGACCUCUGCAAACUCUCUCGGCCGUCGCCACCACCACCAAUCUCCGGUAAGUUUAAACUCUCAACUUGCCUUUAUAAUACAAACCUCUGGCUCUUCUCCCUUACAUGGUCAAAAACAUUCCUUCUUUACUCUUUUAAUCUCAAUCUGCGUCCUUUAGAUUUCACAAGCUCUUCUCUUUCUUUCUCUAAUAACUCUCUUUAUAAUCCCUCAUCUCUAUCUUUUCACCUCCAUAUUAAGGCCUUUAUUUUUUGGAAAAAACAUGGAUCAAAAGAGCUCGUCAAUAACACUUCAUCAACAUCUGUAAUUCAAAUCUUUUGGGACCUCUCUCUUGCUAAAUUGAGAUCGAGACCCGAACCUCAUUCUGGGUUUGAAUGGUCAUGUGGAGGGAGCCGGUGAUUUUGGUGCCCUUGAAGGGCUAAGGAGGGCCGAACUCUCGGUACGGCAAGCCAUGAGACCAGGCAUUUCGAGUUCGGCCAACUCGAUCUCGAUACGAUUGAAGUCGACCUGAGACAUAUCCUUGACCUUGCACUCACGGCCGAAGGUGGUUUUCUUGACGAGCAAAGCCAUGGUGAAGAUUGGAUGGCGGGUGCCAUUCCGGCCAAUUAAUGGGUUGGAGGAUUUUGGGGCGGUGGAUGGGAAAGUGUCCUUUGGAAACUUCACGGGUGGGCAACUGUCGUUUGGCCAAACCUCUGGUAACAGCAGCCUUGAGAGAAGCUGGUUUAGAAUCAUCCAAUCUCAUUCUUGGAAUUGAUUUCACUAAAAGCAAUGAAUGGACUGGCAAAGUCUCCUUCAAUAAUCGGAGCCUUCAUUUCAUUGGAGACACCCCUAAUCCAUAUGAAAAAGCAAUCUCUAUAAUUGGAAAGACAAUUGCCCCCUUUGAUGAAGACAACUUGAUCCCUUGUUUCGGCUUUGGUGAUGCUACAACACAUGAUAAUGAAGUGUUUAGUUUUCACACUGAUCAUACUCCUUGCCAUGGUUUUGAAGAAGUAUUAUCCUGCUAUAGAAAGAUAGUUCCAAACUUGCGACUUUCUGGGCCAACUUCUUAUGCUCCGGUGAUUGAAGCUGCAAUCGACAUUGUAGAGAAGAGUGGUGGGCAGUACCAUGUAUUAGUUAUAGUUGCAGAUGGCCAGGUUACAAGGAGCGUCGAUACACAUGCUGGAGAGCUGAGUCCACAAGAACAGAAAACAAUCCAGGCUAUUGUUGAUGCAAGUUCAUAUCCACUCUCUAUUAUUCUUGUUGGAGUUGGGGAUGGACCUUGGGAAGACAUGAAGAAAUUUGAUGACAAAAUCCCAUCACGCGAGUUUGAUAAUUUUCAGUUUGUUAAUUUCACAGCCAUUAUGUCAAAACAAUCAAGUCCUGAAGAGAAAGAAACAGCUUUUGCUCUUGCUGCCCUCAUGGAGAUUCCCUUUCAAUACAGAGCAACCAUUGAAUUCGGUUUACUCAAGCGUAGAACAGGGAGAGCACCGAAGAUAGUUCCUCGCCCUCCUCCAAUUCCUUACAGUCGUCGUCCUCCACCAGAGCAUGUAGUAAGCAACAUUGCAUCAUCACCUGCGAUAGAUGAUCGAACCCAGGCUUGUCCAAUUUGCUUGACUAGUCCAAAGGACUUGGCCUUCGGUUGUGGACACAUGACUUGUAGAGACUGUGGGUCAAGAGUAACAAACUGUCCCAUAUGCCGCCAAAGGAUCAACAACCGUCUGAGGCUGUAUUCUUGAUGGCUGAUCCAAAGGAAGUUCAUGUUUCAAACACAUCGACUACCUGUAUUAUUACGUUUAGGUUUGAGAGAAAACAGUGUGCUUUCAGGUUUUCACAAUUGUGUAUUUUUUUACAUUGUAAAUCUCUGUUUUCCAAGCCUGAUUUGUGCACUUGUAAUAACUAUAUCCGUGUUCUUUCUUUCA